CCCUUUCACAACCGCAUUACCUUAAACUGAUCCAAAUAUCAAGAAAAAGAAAAAAAAAACAUCAGAAAAGAUGUCUCUAGUCACUGAUGAGAUCAGAGCCAAAGCAGAGGUUUACCAUGGAGAUGUCAUAUGCCAAGAAAAGUCCAAGGAACUUCUCGAUGAAAUAAAGCUACCCAAAGGUCUUUUGCCCUUGAAAGACAUAGAAGAAUGUGGAUACAAUAGGGAGAUUGGGUUCGUGUGGCUUAAGCAGAAGAACACUAUAGAGCACAACUUUGAGAAGAUUGACAAACCAGUAACCUAUGCUACUGAAGUCACAGCCUAUGUUGAGGUUGGUAAGAUCAUGAAGCUCACAGGUGUGAAGGCUAAGGAACUAAUGGUUUGGCUUACACUGAGUGAUAUAUUUGUGGAUGAUCCACCAACUGGUAACAUCACAUUCAAGAGUCCUACAGGGCUUUAUAGGACAUUCCCAGUAACAGCUUUUGAACUUGAAGAGGAAACAAAGGAUGCCAAGGAACAAGAAAACAAGGAAGUCAAAGAAGCAGCUGCUGCUGCUGCUGUUGAAGUCAAAGAGGUCUGAAUUAUGAUGCCGUGGCUAUGAGUUUUUUUUUUCUUAUUUAAUAAGUUGAUUUGUAGUCUUGUAUUGCAAUAAGUUGUGUCAUCGUUUCCAUUUUUCUUGCUAUAGAGCUAGGCUUGCUAUGUAUCAGGUUCACAACCUUGAUAGUGCAGCUAGCUCUGGAAUAAAAAAAUGAAUUGUUACCACAGAUUUAAAAAAAAAAAAAAAAAACCUGAAUUUGAUACAUGGAGUUCGGUUUACCGAA